ACACUGACACAACACCAAGACUUGAAAUCAAAACGAGAAACCAAACAGCAACGACCAUCAGGAGCAGAAUCAGAGUGAAUGAAAGGACCCGCUUAGAAAAGGAAAAAAGGGCUUCUUUCUCAGUUUCUCAUCAUCAUAUCCAUUAAAGUAGCCUCCUUUACCUUUCUCCGUCUCUUUCUGUCAAAUCAAAAGAGUUGUGAUUGAUCUUCUUCGUCUUGUUCUUCUAUUCCUGGAAUUGUAUUCUCCGGAGAUGAACGGCGACGAGCGUCCCUUUGAGAAUGGUUUCGAUGUUUACACCAAGGGAACGCACAAGUCGGAGUUUGACCCGAUUUUUCUGGAUUCUGGUUCCGAUCCUAUUUGGGAUGCUAUAAGAGAAGAAGCUAAGCAAGAGGCAGAGAAGGAGCCUAUUCUGAGUAGCUUCUUGUAUGCGGGCAUCUUGGCACAUACAUGUUUAGAGCAAGCUUUAGGAUUCGUCCUGGCAAACCGUCUCCAAAACCCGACCUUGUUGGCAACUCAACUCUUGGAUAUAUUUAAUGACGUUAUGAUGCAUGACAAAGGUAUUCAGAGUUCGAUUCGCCAUGAUAUUCAGGCAUUUAAAGACCGGGAUCCCGCUUGUCUGUCUUAUAGUUCUGCUAUUUUGCACCUGAAGGGCUAUCAUGCAUUGCAAGCAUACAGGGUUGCUCAUAAACUGUGGAAUGAAGAACGGAAACUAUUAGCUCUUGCAUUGCAAAGCCGAAUAAGUGAGGUUUUUGGAAUAGACAUACAUCCAGCUGCAACAAUUGGCGAGGGUAUAUUGUUAGAUCAUGGAACUGGAGUGGUCAUAGGUGAGACUGCUGUGAUAGGCAACCGUGUCUCGAUCUUGCAUGGUGUAACUUUAGGAGGAACUGGAAAGGAAACCGGCGAUCGUCACCCAAAAAUAGGCGAAGGUGCAUUGCUUGGAGCUUGUGUAACUAUACUUGGAAACAUAAGCAUAGGUCGUGGGGCAAUGGUAGCUGCAGGUUCACUUGUGCUAAAGGACGUUCCUUCGCAUAGUGUGGUGGCUGGAAAUCCAGCGAAACUGAUCAGGGUCAUUGAUGAGCAAGACCCGUCUCUGGCAAUGAAACACGAUGCUACGAAAGAGUUCUUUCGACAUGUAGCUGGUGGUUACAAGUCGGCAAUAUCUAACGGACCAUCAGCUUCAACAGGAGUUACAGAGAAAGGACACACUAACUGCACAACAUGAGAUCCCUGUAUACAUUUGCUUAUCAUCAAAAGCUAAUAUCUCAGCAUUUUCUCAAUAAGUUGUUUAUUCAAAGAUUUUGAUCUCUGGAAGUUUUUCAGUUUAUCUUCCUUAGUCUCAACGAAAUGAGACUAGCAUAACAGUGUAAAUGACUCUUGCUUGAACAUGAAAUCUAGCAUACGCCUAGAUAUUAUUACUGAAAAAAAGU